GCGAGGUUGGUGCUCGGGACGUCCGCUCGCCGCGCGAGCGAGCUCUGGAACCUUUUUCCGUAGCGUUUGCAGUUUGAGUUUGUAGAAGUUUAAAGUUUUUAUCGUUUCGUCCCGUUUAGUUCAUUUAUUCACUUCAGCUCCGACAACGGGGACCGAAAAGCUCCACCAGCUUACCGGAGUAAGCGCGAGACAUGGAGCCUGAAGAGAGCAAGAUCUCCGUGUGGGUUUGCCGCGAGGAGAAGGUCGUGUCCGGUCUGUCCAAGCGCACCACGUGCGCCGACGUGAUCAAGGUGCUGCUGGAGGAGCAGAGCUCCUCGGCGUGCCCGCGCUCCUACUGCAUCGUGGAGAAGUGGAGGGGCUCGGAGCGCGUGCUGCCGCACAAGACCAAAAUCCUGCGCCUGUGGAGCGCGUGGGGCGACGAGCAGGAGAACGUGCGCUUCGUGCUCGUGAGGAGCGAGGCGUCUCUGGCCGGCAGCGCGCCGCGGAGCGCGGAGGCGCGCGUCGUGCUGAGCCGGGACAGCCCGCGCGUGUGCCGGGCGAGCGCGCGCGCCUCCGCCGCCUCCACGGGCUCCUCGUGCCCCACUGCCUCCGUCGCCACCGCCGCCACAGCUCUCACGCGCGAGCGGCAGCGGCGGAUCGUCCGCAAGGCGUUCAGGAAGCUCGAGAGGAUGAACAGGAGGCGCGCGCGAGCCGUGGCCAAGGACGCGCGCUCAGCCGAGAGGAUGGAGACGCUGGUGCACGUGGUGGUCUCGCAGGACCACACCAUCCGCCAGCAGAUCCGCAGGCUCGAGGAGCUCGACGCCGAGAUCGACCGGCACGAGGCGCGCGUGCACCUCGACCGCGUGAAGGCGCACGGGGCCAACUACGUGCAGGACACGUACCUAGUGGGCGCCGAGCAGGACGGAGGGCGCGAGGAGCGAGGGGGCGUGACCGCACGCCCGGAGGGAGUCGUCCUCGCGCUGCGGCUGGAGGAGUACGCGGACAAGUGCGAGGAGGUGGUGCGCUUGCACGAGGAACUGGCCGAGCGCGAGGCUCUCGCGGCCAGCCUGAUGAGCCAGAUCGAGGAGGAGCUGAACCGGCGGUGGAUGGAGCGCAGGCGCGAGGAGCCUUCGGGGGCGGAGGACUCGCUGCUGGAGGAAGAACAGGUCAGAACCGAGCUGGACACGAGCCUGUACAUCGGCCUGAGGCUCAGCACGGACCUGGAGGCGGUCAGGAACGAGCUGGACCUGACUCACGAGAUCUGGGAAGCGAGGGAUAAAGAGCUGAGGGACCUGCUGGAGAAAGUGGACUCACUGGAGUUAGAGGAGGAGGAAGACGAGGAGGAGGACGAGGAGGAGGCAUGUGCAAGGAUGAAGGACGUUGACGGGACGGACACAGAGGGCCCCUCCGCGCAAAGCCCCAGCGGCUGGGUGGAGCAGGCCAGGGGCCUUUCAAAAACCUGCAACAGCAACGACGACGAUUCAGACACGGGACUGAGCUCCAUGCACAGCCAGGACUCGGACAGUGCGCCUGUCUGCGAGUCGUUAGUAUAGCAGCAGCAGCAGCAGCUGACAGGAUUCACUUGGUAAACUGUGUAUAAAGCAGGGGUGCACAACUCCGGUCCUGGAGGGCCAGUGUCCAGCACAAUUUGGUAGUUUCUCUACUCAAACACACCCACUAAACCUGGUGCUUAACAGAUGAGUGUAAUCAGCAGGUAAAUCACCAAACUGUGCUGGACACCGGCCCCCCAGGACCAGAGUUGUGCACCUCUGGUAUAAAGGAAGGCAUGAACACAAACUGUACCAACACUGAGGUAAUAAUAUGCACUUAGUAGGUCCAUCAGUCUGUAGUGGUUGGUAAACACCGCUGUCCUCCACACAGCAGACUCUGGUUCAUCUUCCCUCCUGGGCAAGCCUGCUACACCAAUAAGAGUCCUUGGGCAAGACUCCUAAUGCUACAUUAGCCUACCUCCACAACACGAUCAAACUGUCGGUCACUCUGAAUGAGAACAUCUGCCAAAUAUGAAAAUGUAAACGUACAAUUAGGUUAGGCUACUUCUGGAUUUUUCUACAUGACUCAGCAACAGCUCAGGAAGGCCAUGUGGGCACGGUGGACCUCAUGCAAGAACACUUUUACUAAUAUUUUAAUUUUCUAAUUUUUUCAUUAAACUGGGCUCAAAAUUUGCGCCCAAAAGAUUCAAGAAAAAGCUCCUAACUUUAGUGAAACAGUCGUAAAUUAUUUGCAUUAAUGUGAUGAAUGUAACCUGCCCUCAUGAGCUGGCAUACACACUUAAAAAAGAUGGUUCUUCAAGGGUUCUUUAGCAAAGGCAAUGAUUCUGUUUAUGAUUUGGAACCCUUGAACAUGGCUUGUCAAGGGUUCUUUAGUACAUGCAGUGGUUCUGUUUAGAACCAUGAGCUCUAUGUAGAACCAUUUCCUGCUUAAAUGGUUCUUUGCAUGGUGAAAUGGUUCUUCAGAUUGAUUGAGAACGUGUUGUAUAUGGUUCUCUAUAGAACCUUUUUGGGUUCUGCUAUUGUUAUGAUGCCAAUCUUGUGAAAAUAGAAGCAACAUUUUUGGUGCAACACAGAACCAUUUUCAAAAAAGUUCUGUAUGCAACCCUA